CGAAGAAACUUUUCUUCACUUGUUAGAAAACCGCAAAUGUUUGAAACCCUCUGUUUAAACAUCGCCGUGACAGUCGCCAAAAGGGGUGGAUGGAUGGAUCAAAAGGGCGAAAUCACCCGCUAUAUAUAUAUAUAAGUAUAUACGUAUGUACUUUAUGCCAAUAUGAAAAUUCUUGUGUACUACUUAGCACCUUUCUAAUCCGACGCUAAUAUUUCUACCACGUUCAAAGGAAAUUGGGGAUUAAGGGUAGUGCGUCCGGGGAUGUAGGAAAUGCACAAUAUAUUUAUAAGAAAAAAGAACUUAAAUAGCGUCACAGUUUCGUUAAAUAUUUUUUUUAAUUGCUUAAACAGGCGCUAAACAUAAUAACACCCUGUGAAUUUUUUUUAUGAUGUUUUGAUGUUAGGUGUAUUUAGCAUUCGAAUAGAGUUAAUAAAGAAUGGCGAGGGUGCAUUUUGUCUUGUCGUAUAUUAGGGUGAACUAGCGCGUUCUAGGGAUAUUUAGUCAAAGGAUGGUUGCAACCACUAUUGAUUAUUCCCACCCUUGUCCAAAGCACGAGAAAUAUGAGAAAAAGCAGGUCCUUCACGAAAUGUCAGAAAAUCGGGAAUUUCGGCUUAAAAACGGCAACGUUUAAAACCGUUGUGAAUUGUUUUACGAAUUGGUUUCAGUGAAAUUGUGCUCAACGUUUAACAACACACCACCCCCCUGCGAAAAUUUUCCGAAAUAAAAAAUGUUCGGGGACCUUGCAAGUGUUGGGUGACACUAAUAAAAGUGGCGUGUGCUCAGAGGGGGGAAUUUUCCGACUACCCUUCCGGCAAAUCCAUCCCUUAUAAAAACAAAGCGUACCAAAAUUUCGAUAGAUAAAAGAAAAAUGGCAUAUCUGGUGGUGCACGGAAACAGGGGUAUUAAUUUCUAUAAAAAAGCUUUUCACGCCGAUUUGUUGUGACAAAGAAAAAAAGCGCUUCGAAAAUGCAAAAAGAAAAUUCUUCGGGAAAUAAUACGGAAAACCAGCAAUACGUCGGGCCCUACAGACUGGAAAAAACUCUGGGCAAAGGGCAAACAGGGCUCGUCAAGUUGGGGACCCAUUGUGUUAGUGGUAAAAAAGUAGCUAUAAAAAUAAUUAAUCGAGAAAAACUAAGUGAAAGUGUUUUAAUGAAGGUCGAACGAGAAAUUGCAAUAAUGAAAUUAAUCGAUCAUCCUCACGUGUUAGGAUUAUCGGAUGUUUACGAAAACAAAAAGUAUUUAUAUUUAGUAUUGGAGCACGUGUCUGGGGGUGAGUUAUUUGACUACUUGGUAAAAAAGGGACGUCUCACCCCUAAAGAAGCUCGUAGAUUUUUUAGACAAAUUAUUUCGGCUUUGGAUUUUUGUCAUAGCCAUUCGAUAUGUCAUAGAGAUCUAAAACCUGAAAAUCUUCUUUUGGAUGAAAAAAACAACAUUAAAAUUGCCGAUUUCGGAAUGGCAUCGUUGCAACCGAUGGGUUCAAUGCUCGAAACGAGUUGUGGGUCACCCCAUUACGCUUGCCCUGAAGUUAUAAGGGGUGAAAAAUAUGAUGGUAGAAGAGCCGACGUAUGGAGCUGUGGUGUAAUUCUGUACGCCCUCUUGGUGGGCGCUCUGCCCUUUGACGACGACAAUUUACGACAGCUGUUAGAAAAAGUUAAAAGAGGAGUGUUUCACAUACCCCACUUCGUACCUCCCGAUUGUCAGAGCUUAUUGCGAGGCAUGAUUGAGGUUAAUCCCGAAAAAAGACUUACAUUAACUGAAAUAAAUAAACACCCAUGGGUAACGGCGGGAGGAAAGGGCGAGUUGGAGUUGGAGUUACCGAUGAUGGAGGUGGUGCAAACUCACGUGCUGCCCUCCAUUGAGGCGGUAGACCCGGACGUUUUACAAGCAAUUUGUAGUUUAGGUUGUUUUAAAGAGAAAGAGAAGUUAAUUCAGCAUUUACUAAGUCCAAGUCAUAAUACGGAAAAGGUGAUAUACUUCCUCCUUCUGGAAAGAAAACGAAGGCGUCCAGCUUACGAAGAUGAGACUGAUUCUGUUUUAAGAAUAAGAAGUACGGAAGCGUCAGAUCCUCCAAGGAAGAGGAUCGACACUUGCAGGGUGAACGGUUCGAAUCCGUUGCAGUUCGGCCAGAUAAGCGAGGGUUCGCCCAUCACCCCUCGGAGAUCACAUUUUAACGGCAGACACCAUAGUCGGAGAAGUCCUUCCACCGGAAGCACCCACAGCAGUCUCAGCGUCCAUUCACCUACGCGGUCCUCGGGGUCAUCCAGUCCCAUACCAUUCAAUAAUUCACCGCCGACUUCCAACACACAUGCGAUAAUGUCAACAUCAAUAAGUCCGAGACCGACUGCUCACCAUCCUCAUCGUACUUCUCACAUCUCCGCGAACACUUCGGUCACGAUCACACCCCCUCUUUCGACUCCUACCCAUCAGCGAGCCAACAGUCAGGGGGGCAACACCAACAGCGGGCCGCCUCUACUCUCAACCCUUACUUCACCAGAAAGCGACACCACAAGUUUACUUUCAGGUACAGGCAUUCUUGCGCCGGUUACCCCACCUGGAUCACCCCAUUCCACAACUCAAGCGAGCCAUCAUUGGCGAUCUAGACUCAAUACCAUUAAAAAUAGCUUCCUGGGCUCUCCUAGGUUCCACAGGCGGAAACUGCAAACGUCAUCCGAAGAAGUCCAUCUGACGCCGGAAUCGUCGCCCGAGUUGACGAAAAAGUCGUGGUUUGGUAGCCUGAUGACGACCGAAAAGGACGAAACUUUCACUAUAUUAGUGAAAGGAAAACCGUUAUCAACCGUCAAAGCCGAUUUGAUCCACGCGUUUCUUUCGAUAGCGGAACUGAGUCACUCUGUGUCCAGUCCGAUGUCCUUCAGGGUCGAAUAUAAGAGAGGCACGACAGGUCCGGCCAUGUUCCAAAGACAGGUCCGGUUUCAGGUCGACAUUUCGUCGAUUACGAAACAACAAAGCUGUGAUAACACCAAAGAACAGCUAUUUGCCAUUACGUUCACUUUGUUAUCAGGUAAUAUAAGAAGAUUUAGACGCGUUUGUGAGCAUAUCCAAGCCCAAGUGUGCACCAGGAGACCGCCUCCGAGUCCAAGAGCACAGAGGAAGUUCACCACUGAUCUCAGCGAGAGUUCAAGUUGUGGAUCAGACUCCAGUGAAUUGUUUCCUAACAAUCGGCAGUUGAAUAUGCUCCAACUGGAGGGUAGUGAUUUAGAAAGUGAAUGUAGCAUUUUCGACGUGAGGACAGCUACGAGGGAUUCCCAGAGGAGAGCGUCCACCAAUAACAAUACGGAAGCGGCUGAUCAAACGUCGUCCUCAAAUACUAAAACUGUCCGGUCCAAUUCCGAAAAUACUGAUAACAAUUGCGAAAAAACUUGUAUAACCACGAUGUCCGGCAGUUCGAUUGCGUAACUGAUAACCGGAUAACUAGAUUUUUAUUCCAAGAACAUGGCCACUUAACUGAAAAUCCAAUUGAUUAAAAAAAAAAUAUCGAAAGUCUUGUAAUAAUACGUAAUAUUUCAGAGUAUCGAUUGGUGAACGGUUUCCUUCAUUUGUUUUCUUAUUGUUUGGGAAAGUGGCCAUGAUCGGCCAUCUUGUUUCUAGUGUGGUAUUGUUUUUCUUUGUUUUUCUCGACGAAUUAUUAAUUAUUAGGAAUUUAAGGUGCUUGUGUGCAAAAACUAAGUUGCCCGUUCGUUUGUUUUGCGGAGUUGAGUGUUAUACGCCAUUAUUUAAAAAAAAAAAGAAUAUAAUCAAAAAAACUAAAUAAAUAAAUUCGUCUGUUGAUCGUGACAGCCGAAGUAAGUGACAAUCGUAGGGGGCCGUUUGACUUUUGUUUUUAUUUAUUCGUUUGUUUCAUGUUUAAAGGGUGGGGGUAAUAUCUAAUAACAAUAAUAAUAAUAAUUGUUUACUUACUUUAGUUGUCACUUGGUAGAAUAUUUCGUUUAUUAGCGCAUUAUUCGACGAUAAUAUUGUUUCGCAAGGAAGUUACAUACGUACUAGUCCAUAAUAAAAUUAUACGUCCCACUACAAUAUAAGCUUGUACAUUUACUUUUUGAUCGAACUCGGUAUGCUGGAUAUACAGAUAACGUAGAUCAUUCGUUCAUUUUUCGUCGCAUGCUUCGUUUAAAACAUAAACGCCAAUAAAAUAAAAUAAAGCCUGCUAAAAGAAGUACAAAAUGUUCGGUUGUAUAUUUUGUUUUUACUUGUAAGUGAAUUAAACAAUUGAAUUUCAAAACAUCGGAGAUGACGAACAAGUGCUGAUUCUUUUGUCAAAUGGACAAUAAAAAAAUAUUAAUUUUUUUUAUUGAAAAAAAUGUCCACAAAAUAAGUCUUCCUUUAGUAUUGCCCUUCAACCUUUACGAAAAAUUGGUAUCUAUUUUAAUGUCUCCGUAAUCUUUGGCCCAAAAACAAUUACUAUGCAGUAUUAUACUAAAUAAAAAAAUAUUUUUGACUUAAUACUCAAUGGUAAGUAAAAUAAAACACUAAACAAAAUAUGGCAUAAGUGAGUACUACGUAUUUUUUUUUUGCAUUUCAUAUGUCAGGUGCUUGUAUCAUACAUACAUUUACAAUAUUUUUGCUUUCGUUUGACGAUAUUGUUUAUUUGAUUAUUGCUAAAAAUUUAUACAUAUCACGACGUCACA